AAUAUAUUUACUCUCAUGUCAUCUGCUUGCACUGUUCAGGGUCUGUUAAUGAUUACAGUUGAUUCGGAUAAAAAAAUAAAUAGGGUACAGACUUGUGGCUAUACACUCAACGAAGCAAGACGCUACAAGAGUUUGGGGAAGAUUGCUAUAUUGGGAACAAGUGUCAUGGCACGGAUUGUCCUGUGUUUGUGGUGUUGCUUUUCCUUGGCAUUCAUUAGUGUACACGGAGCUCUACAGCAUCAUUCUGACUCUGAUGACCAUGAAGACCACAUGAAAGCACUGAGCGAGAUGAACAAUGAGUUUGCUUUCCGCUUAUACAAAAGCAUUGUGUCUGUUGCUCAGUCCCAGAACGUGUUCUUCUCUCCACUGAGUGUGUCCAUGGCACUGGCUGCAGUGUCUUUAGGAGCAGGCGGUGAGACUCAUCAACAGCUUCUCAGUGGCCUCGGAUUCAACAGUUCUGUCUUCACCAGUGAGGAGAUGCACCAAGCCUUCCUCGAUCUCCUGCUGAACCUCAAUCAGAGGACAGGAAUAGAUCUGAAUGUGGGCACUGCUGUCUAUGUCAAUGACACCUUUAAGCCUCAUCCGGAAUUCCUGGAGAAGCUUAAGCAUUUCUAUCUUUCCGAUGGCUUCUCUGUCGAUUUCACCAAGAGCGAAGAGACCUCUAAUCAGAUGAACAGCUAUGUCAGUGAAAAGACGCACAAGAAAAUUAGGAAGUUUAUCAAAGGCGUGGAUUCAAAUACCUUCAUGUAUUUGCUCAGCUAUAUAUAUUUUAAGGGUAAAUGGUCCAUCCCGUUUGACCCCAAAAAUACUAGAAAGGAGAAAUUCUCUGUGGAUAAAGGCAUGACUGUUCCAGUUCAAAUGAUGUGUGAGACAGAUAAUUUUUACACCUACUAUGAUCAAGAACUCUCUACGAUUGUCCUUCGACUGGAUUACAAUGACUCAUUCUCCAUGAUACUGGCUCUACCUAAAGAUCUCACGGUUCUGCAAGAGGCUUUGCAUCCGCACCACAUAGCCAACUGGAACAGACAGAUGAGUAAAAGUAAAUAUGAGGUCUACCUCCCUAAACUGUCCUUAAAAACGUCAUAUUCCCUGAUCAACAUUCUGAGUGGAAUGGGAAUGAAGGAUAUGUUUACAGUUAAAGCUGACUUCACUGGGAUUACUGAUGAAGAAAUAUACGUUAGUGAGGCUGUGCAUAAAGCCACAUUAGAUGUGGAUGAAGCCGGAGCCACUGCAACAGCUGUGACUGGAAUACAAUUUUCAGCACGUACUGGACCCAUAAGUCUGAAAUUUAAUAAGCCAUUUAUGACCUUUAUCAUUGACCAGAAAACAAAGAACAUCUUGUUUAUGGGGAAAAUUGUCAAUCCAAAAAAUUCUGAGAUAAAUGAAUAAUAAUAAAAAAUGUUUUUAAAACCAUAAAA